UUAAUGACGUCAUCACCAAUGAGCCUCAACAAAAACAACAACAGAACUCAGCUGUUCUUAAGCUAACUAGCCGGCCUAGUUACUAAGUACUGUUUAGUGGUGUUUUUUUUUAAUUUUUCGGAUUUUUAGAUGCUGACCUAGUAAUGAAUAUAUUUCGAGAUGAAGCACUUUCCAUGAUUGUAUCAAUAACGCACAGUUAUUCCGUUUAAUUUGAAUCUUUCUUUGUUCCUUCGUUUAGCCUUUAGCAAGUUAGCUUCGUUACCGAGGACAACAGAAACCCUGCUUGACCAAAAGGUAACAAUUACGGCGUUUUCUCGAUCAUGGCACGAACCGUUGACUUAAUCCCUGAUAUAAUAUUUACGAGGAAAAGCUCCAAUUAUUUGGAUUGGUUCGUGUUUGUUUGAAAUGAGCUUAAACAAAUGUAAACAAUCAGCAAAAAUUUGGCGAAGCUGCUGAAAGACCCAAGUCACGUUACAGGAUGUGUCACUCAACCUGAAUGUAACUUAACCCGGUGAUAAACGCUAGAAAGUGUACGUAACGUGCAAGUGUUUUUCCAAGUAAUGGUUGAAGACUUUCUCUGAUCACGGCUAGAACUAUCGCCACACCCCCUUAUCAGUAAAUAUCUUUAGUGUCUUGUUCCUGUAAAUAACAGAAAAAUAACCGAAGAACUAAAAAUACUUAAUGCAGAUAUGACUGUGACUAACAAAAAACGUCAUCAAAAUACUGAAUUAUCGAAACUGCUUGUUCAUUCAACUCUAGAGUUUAUGAAGUUGCAUCUCAGAGGAAGACAUUUGAACAGACCAAGUGCUCUUACUUUGGUUACUAGAGAAAAUUCUGACGUUUUUGGUAAGGCGAACCAUGAUUAAUGUAUGAUAAUUACUAUUUCUGUAUCUUUAGAUUUUACACUCAAUAUUUCUAAACAUUAUCUUAGCUUUCCAGUGUGACCAACAACUGUUAGUAGUAUGAACUUUUUUGGCAACCCAAAUCUAGUUCCUUUGCUGGUGAACUUCUGAACAAGACUUCCCUUUUAGAAAUAUUUAUGGCAACACAGGUGGAGAUUUUGAUCUCCACCAAUGACUUCUACUGUAACUCCAUCAUAUUGCAUCAUGUCGCCACGAAAAAGACCUCUGGUUCCUGUCAGCAGCCGAAGAAAAACAGUUGACGACUACUUUCCAUUCAACUUCCUGCCAGUGGAAUGCCAGUUGCAUGUCUUGUCCUUUCUGAAUGAGGUGGACAAGUGUAGCUGUGCUUUGGUUUGCCUGAGUUGGAGCUGCCUGGUUCGCUCAUGGAAGCUGUGGAGGGUGGCUGACUACUCUCGACGUGGUGUUUUCCAUCUGGGUCAGGAGCGUCUGCUGGUUUCCAACCGUGAGUUUGAGAGGUGGAAAUCCUGGGUCCACCUCUACACCCACCACCUUAUUUCCCGCCGGGCCAGCCUCCUCACGCUGAAGGCCAGCUUUGACCUGGGGGAUCACUGCAACAAGUGGUGGGAGCUGCUCAGUCACCUGCUGGACAAUGUGCACUGUAGAGACCUCAGCCACCUGGACCUGAACUGGACCUGCACUCUUCUUGAGCCACUGGACCUCAGGGUCCAUUCCAGCUCCAGUUCACACCAAGACAGCAUUACUAAAAUGGACCAGGUAACCAGUUUCCAGGAGUUGCUGACUAAACUCACCCACAGCUGCCCUCGCAUCUCAAAGAUGCGUCUACACUUUGACUGGUCUGAUUUGUCUGUGUCCCUGCUUACCCAGUUUCAGCAGCUCAGAGUCCUCGAGCUAAAAUCCUUCUGGGUCUUUAAAGGGGUGACUCCCUCAACUCUGCAGACUCUAACAAGAUCCCUGCCCAACCUAAAGUCUCUGACUUUAAACAUUCUAGUGCCACUGAGGAACCUGGGUAUCUCAUACACUCUGGAGUCUCAGUCUUUGGAGUUCCUGGAUGUGUCACCAAGCAGAGGCCUGGUCUUUAACUGUCUGAAGCUGCCUGCUCUGCGUGAGCUUCGAGCCAAGAAGAUCAUCCGUGGCAUCACACUGGACCGGAGGACCAGGCUGAGAAUCCAGAGCAGGUGGCCCUGCCUGUACCAUGUCCUCCGGGAGGGGACCCCCAAGCUUCAGGCUCUCAAUAAUGAGAGGCUUCUCCCCACAUGGAGAGAGGAGAGCUACGGGGAGCUAAAUGCAAUCCUAGGACAGUCUUGUUACUGCAUUCAACAUCUAGACAGCUGGCUCUGGUAGCUGACUGUGUGAUGUUAAACAAGCUGGCAGGAGAAUAAAGCAAUAUAUUGCUUUUACAUGUUUUAGUCCUUAUCUGAAUAAAACUGUACUGUAAUGAACUGAGAGACACAAGUUGAACAUACGUUCCUGCAGAUUUAAACUGACACUUGAAGGACUGCAAAUUUGCAAUUCUUUAUCAAGAAGCUGCUGUUACCAUACAAAAGACUUUUCCAUAUUUGGUCUUUAACUGUUUCAAUUUGUUGUCCCAUAUCUUCCAAAAAGCUGUAUGCACUGUUGUGUGCAGGUCUGGAUACAUUUCCACUGGAGCUCUGUGCUGGAAAAGUUAGAUUAACAGUUAACCUUACCUGAGUGUGGUGUGUAUGGCCUAUGUUUUGUGAUGGUAAGGCUUAGUUGAUUAAAUUAAACAAAGUGUCAUUUAAUUUUGAAGUCACAUACUACUACAAAAAAAUCUACAGAUCCAAGUGUAAUUUGCCAGAAUAUUGCAACAGAAGUACAACAAAGUAAUUCUCAAAAUAUCCGGAUUUCUUCUCUGUAUGAGUUUACAUAGAAGAACUACCAGCUCCAUUAGUAAUAGUAAGUUAAAUUAUUGACUAAAUUCACUUGUAAUAGCUCAUGAUUGUAUUUGAUGACUAAAAAGAAACAAGGCCACAAACAGCCAAUAUGACAAAUUGUGCACAUCAGCAAAUCAACAUAUAAAUCUGAAUUCAAACUGAUAAUGUGCUCAGCUCUUUUCAUCAACAAAACAUAUCUAAUUAUACACUGGUGCUAUGUAAGUGAUAUAGAAGAGGACCAAAAAGCUUCUUUUAAGUGAUGGUUUGUACCUGUCUAAAGCAGCGCUGUAGGGGUCCAAGCAGGUUGCAAGCAUUCAGAUGUUUCUAUUAGCUUAGGAUAAGGAACAAACUCUAGGUUUUCUUUUGAGAAGUUUAUUAUGUAAAUUUUAACAUUUCUGCUUCUAAUGGUUCUUUUUCUGUCAAAACACAGGAAGAAAUAUUAAUUUGAUUUAUUGCAUUUUUCCCCCAAAGCUAUUUUAGUUGGAUAAGAAAAACAACUGAACUGUUCAGUUAAACACCGAUCAACUUGACCUAAGUGGAUUUUUGAGCACUGAAGCUUUGCAUCUUUUCAUCUUGUGCCUUACGCUGUAAACUAAAGACAUUUGUCUUCUUGCUGACUAUCAGCAUGAGGCAUUUAUAUCGUAUGUGCAGCACUGGAGGGUUUUUUUUGUCUUUUUUUUUACUUAAAAUGCUUUUAACAGUAAAAAUAUUUGGAAAACUAUUCUGAAAACCAUGCAGUUUUGCUUUGCGUUGAGGUGUUUUACUCAAUAUUUAAAAAAAAAUGAACAAGCAACUGGUGAAACUGAAAAUGUGUUUACAGUAUAACAGAAAGCAAUGAAAGCCACUUCAGACUCGUUUGAAAUUUGUUUUCACCACACACUGUAAGACCAAACAGUAAAAGAUUGUUAAAAAAUGUAGUUUUUAAAGCUUGUUCAGAUUUACUUUUCUGAGUUGACAAAUAACAUUUUUAGUUCCAAGCUAGCAGUACUUGAUCUCUUAAAGUAUUUUGUUGUUAUUGCAUUCGAGUAAUCACCCCUUUAUCUUAAGUUUUGCCAGAACACCUUUGGGCUUCAGUCAUUUUGCACCAUUAGAGAAGUUACCAACUCAGUAAGAGAAAUCCCACCUGUGUGAAGCAAUGACAAUGAAGCAUGGAUGGUGUACUGAACAUGAUGGAAGAGCACUUCCUGGUUCUGUGUGCAUCUUUCAUUUGAUGAUACCUUUUGACAUACAAGUUAGCAUACUGUGGGUGACAUGAAUGUCCAAAAUUAAAUCAUUUAAAGAAAUAAAAGAAAAAUGUCAGUGGAUGAGUAAUACGUAGCUUCGUGAAAAGCCCUUUAACAUGCCAACAUACGUUGGAUUUCGACAGAAGGUUAAGAGUUGUAAACCCUGAUAAUUUACUACAACUUAAAAUAUUAGAGGAAACUGAUAACCUACUAAUAGGUAAUACUGCCAUUUUAAGUGUGCUAAAGUGUUUUUUUCAUCCAUUGUAAUUUUCACUUUAAUUCUAAACAUUUUGAUUUUGAUCAUUUGUGCCACACUAGGUAAUUAAACUUAGCUUAGACAGCUACAAAUAACAAUGAUUUGUGGUGCAUGUUGAAUCAGGAAGUGCAUUUCCUUUGUGUGUGCACACCAUCCAUGUUGUAUUGAAACGGUUGGAAUUGUUUAACUUGGUGGGUAACUUUACUCAUGAUGCAAACGUGUCUAUUGCCCAAAGCCAUUCUGGGUAAACUGCAGGUUAGGGAUGCUUGUCAAAUAUUUUACAUGACAAAAAUAAUUAAGAUGAUUGAGUACUUUCACUGAAAACUAAAAAAGUGUUCCAUCAACCCAGAAAAAUAGAGCUGAAAUAGCUGUUUUUUUAAUUUUUAGUUAAAACAAAUCAUUUAUUUUUGACAACAUUUUACGGUUUGGUCUUGUGGUGCAUUUGAAACACUCAGUUUGCAUUCAAGAACUGGAUUUUGAAUUUUGAUAGUGUUUUGAAUGGAGUUUGUAGAGAUGUAGAUGAUCAUUGGUUCAACAUGUUGUUCAACAAGAUGUCUAAACAUUUUAUGACCCAGCAUUGAAGCCUGCCCACCACAGUUGGUUACAAUUACUCUAGAAUGUUCUGAUUAAUGAACAUUCUCAUUAAAGGGGACAUAUUAUGCAAAAAUCACUUUUUCAGGCAUUUCUAACACAGAUAUGUGUCCCUGGCCAAUCCUCUAUAGUACCAGAAAAAUCCAUUCCC